AUGUCGAGGCUGCCGCCGCAGCGUCCCGGCGCACCUUCCUUCUACGGCGAAUGGCGCGUGGUAGACGAGCACGAGUUCAUGAGCCCGACCGUUGCCGACGUGCGCACAGAAUCGGAGUAUUCGCAGGCGGUCGGAGACGAGGGCGGAUUACUGCAGAAGGAGCUUCACGACCUGCGGUCAACGCUUACGUCGCCUCAAAACGACUUCACUAAUCGCUUGGAAGAGAUUAACCGCGAGACUUCCGGUAGGUUGAAGCACAUUGUUGCCGGUCUGCAUGAUGUCUUAGAGCAGCUAGACAGGGCUCGUCAGAAGUUUCUUGCCAUAGAGACCACCUGGCGCAAGAACAACUUCCAGCGCUACCUGGACGACGAGCAACUGAAUUCUGGUCAACAUUUGAGCCAUGUCGACAGGAAGCUGGCCCAGGCUGUGCGUGAAGUUGUCGAGAUGAAGCGUGAUGCCGAGACAGCCCUCAUAGAGCUGACCAAGUCGGUGGCGAGCGUGGACUCAUUAAUCGGGAAGACAAACCGUCUUAAUCGCAGCAGCCGCACAUUCAUGCAGAAGGCAAGUGCGGAGAAGAACGCAACACCGUUAACCCUGAAGGCGCAGCUGUUUAUUGCAGCGGUGCUUUCCUUUGCAGGGUAUGCAAUAAUGAAGUACCUGGGCUGGUAG